UCGGCCGGCCACCGAUUAAUUUUCGUAAUGUCAAUUAAUUUAUAACCCAUUCAUCUUAUCUCUACAUAGCCGGGCUGAGAUAGAUUUUGACAUUUUUAAAUAAUGUUUUCGACCAGCUAACGAAAAACAGAGAUUCAAAGAGGCCGUUCCUGUGUGGUGGUGACGGCCGCCGUCGAUGAACACCAGUUUUAACAACAAUGACCUCGAUCACCGAUUUACCACCGGAGUUACUGUCUUAUUUACUGUCCAAGCUACCGGGCCCAACGCUUUCCAGAGUAGCACUUGUUUGUAAACAGUUCUACGAAGCAACCAAAAUAGAAUCGGUUUGGCAGCAUCGUUGUAAACAAGAUUACAGUUUCACUGAGGAGAAUCUACGAGGAUGGAUGUUUGAAUCUUACAGGAUUGUUUACUCAAAAGUAUUGUAUCCUUAUGGUCACAUUAUUGGAGUGUGGCAGCCACAGAUAGGACCCUAUGGUGGACUUGUUACCAUUAAGAUUCUUGAUGGUGCUAUUCGGGGGACACAGUAUCUGCCACCGGUCGACCCCAAAGUGUGUAUGCCACUACGGGUCAAGGAACUGUUCCAGAUACAACUAAGCUGUGAAGGUUAUGCACAGGUUGAGUGUCUGAAGGGACCCAAUGGGCCUCACAAGCUACAGAUAUUACCAGGCAACUCUGAGGGGGAGUUCGUUCUGAAGUGUUGUAAACCAGAGAAGCAUAGAUACCACGAGAGCAGGCAAGAAGAGCUACAGGAAUGGAUUCGUGAAGAGAUCGGAGCUCAAGAUGGAGAGCUGUUACUAUUCAACUAUGACCAUCAUAUAGAACUGCUUCGCAUCAAAUAUAUCAUUCUCAAUCAAUAUGAUGGAAACUGUGCCUUCCAGAAACUUCAUCUUCCCGGCCCCUUAGACAAUGUCCCAAUUCAGCCAGGCUUAUUCAAGGGAACCUACGGGGGACAUGGCAUUGAGAUAAUCAGUCUCAAGUAUGAAGAGGACAAGCUACGAGGAUACAAGGUCACUGGAGACCCCAAUGUACCAGCCUGUCAGCUCAGCCUCGAGGUACACCUCGAUGAGGCCAUGGUCUUAACCAAAGAUGAUCAACAGACUUUAGCCUCAAUAGAGGCCAUUGAAAAAGAGAAAGUGGUCGUCCCUCAGGAGAAAGAUUUGCCCAACAGUCAGCCAUUUGUGAAUCCAGUAGGGGUUCACGAUCAUGGUAUGGCUGAUGUCUCUGCUAAAUUAAACAUGCCGUUGAAAAGAUGCAAGAGAAGGUAUUACGGCACAGGUCUUAUCGCUAUGCAUGGUUUCCGUAAUUCAUCCCGCACACCGUGUCACUUCAUCCUCUUCCAUGAAAACGUCUUUGCUCUUCUCUGGUUGGAGCUUCACUCCAUCAGCAUCUUUCACAGGGUCUGCGAACCAAUAUGAACACAUCAGGGCCAAUUUCAUAGAGCUCCUUAAUCGCCGAUUUUGUUCUUAAGGCCGAGGCACACUGCAGCGAUAACAAAAACGAUAACGAUCACGGUGCAAAGGGAACACAUUCGAUUGGUUGAAUUACUCCAAGCAGAAAACGCACAUGCUCAUUAAACCAAUAGAAUGCAUAUUCCCUUUGCGUCAUGAUUGUUAUCGUUUUUAAUUUCCAUUUCAUAGCGCUGCUUAUCAUAAGCACACGAAAAGGCAUGAUAACCUUCCGGUGUUUUUGAAAGGCGUAACCAUGCAAGUUCAUGUUGGAAGCGCCAGGUAACUGCUUAUGCUUGCACAUUAGCAACACUUUUCUGCUAAAGUACAGUAAGCACGAAAUGUUCUUACUGUUAAGCAGCGCUAUGAAAUUGGCCAAGAAAUUCGUAAUGAUUAAUGAGUCAUUUGAUUAUUUUGCAAGUGAAUAGUUUAAAUGUACCACCCACAGGUAAUUUUAUUCUGAUAAUUAACAAAUAUACAGGAUUUAGGCAAUGCAUGGUGAGGUAUCAAUGUGUGUUUUGUUUGCGUUUUGUGGUGUUACCUCAAACCAUUUAUACAUUUUAACAAAAAAUAGUGAUAUUUUGUUUUGUUUGGGCAAGGCAUGAAGAUGUCAGUGAUGCAGACUUAGGGUACAGGGGGUGUUCUCAAGCCUUCAAAAUCAAGCAAAAUCUUCCCUUUGAUUUUUAUGGGCCAGCCAGAUUUAAGUUUUAGGAAUGGUGUAGGCCAGUAGAAUUGGGUUUUGAUUUAUAGAUUAGGCGCAUGAUAUUUGCAAGGUCACGUGAGAGCUUGGUCUACCAAGCUGCUCCAAGGACGGGCCGUUAUAAAAGCAGUGGACACUAUUGGUUAUUACUCAAAAUAAUUAUUAGCAUAAAACCGUACAUGGUAACGAGUAAU